CUCAUUGAAUGCAUCCGCAAGCAAUCAUGCUAAAUCUCUAAGCAAGCAUUCCUCGUGUUCAGCGCCCUAAAUUAUUUUCUGGGUCCUUAUUCCUUACUGGUCAUUGUCGCGUUCCGUAGUCCGUCAUUCAUGAAUCCAUUUAGCGCGCUUGUCGAUCAGAGCGGGACUGGACCGAGGUUUCGCCUCUCAGUCCACUACCUCCUAGCCUCCUAUUAACAGCAUGGGCCACUUUGGAUUUUAAAUCUGGAUGGAGUAGCAUAUCAAACCGCAAACUAGCCAGAGGGGCGAAUCAGAAAACUUUGGUCUUUCCGAAUACCACGCCCUUCCAACGAUACUGUCGCGUACACGCUCCCUCGCAGCUAGACCACGUUGGAACGGAUCCUGAAUAUGUCGAACGACUUGUUUCCCCGGACCUUUUGCCUUUGUUUCACAAACUUUUGCGCUUCGAGAUUGGUCUGAAUUGUCCUGUCGCGUGCACAGACUCAGUCUCAUGUGAUCGCAUGGAAUGUUGGCUUCGAUAGUCUUUACUCAAUAGCAAGCAACCUCUGGUCGGCCUAGUUGGGGACUGUUCGGCCCGUUACCAACCAUGGCGACACAGCUAAACCCGUCAUAUUCAAAGCCACAGUUCUCAAAUCCCUGGAGGAGUCCCUCAUCGAAAGCGUCCAGUCAAUCUGAUGAUAUUCCCGAUGGUCGAAUUGCACACACAUUGACCGCCUGUACUAGGUGCAGACAACGUAAAUCUAGGUGUGACCCCGGUAUACCAAGAUGCUCUCCUUGUGAACGCAGCAAUGCAAAAUGCGUGUACUUCGAUUCCGCCCGAAAGUGUGCCAUACCAAGGACAUACAUCGUUUCACUACGUGAGAAAGCUCGUAUGUUGGAGAGGGAACUGGAACAAGCCGAAAAGGAAUUCCAGCAUGCAGCAGAUGCAGAAUUAAUGGUUCGCGGAGCUGGUCGCAUUCGAUUCAAAGAAAAUGACGAGGCAAGAUUCUUAGGCCCUUCGAGUGGUAUUGCGAUUACUCGCCUGGUUAUGGAGAUGGCCAAACAGAAUACGGACUCGAAGAGCAUCAAAGACGUUGUGCCCGAAUUGACGGCACAGGAAAUUAAGCAAGCGUUUGAGCAAGAAAGUUCUAAACCAACUUCCAAAGUUUACCCUAUAAUUAGCUCGAACCCACAACCCAACCUCCCAGCGAAAUAUGUCACUUACAGACUUGUUGAUGUGUUCGUGGUCAAAGCGCAAGCGAUGCUCCCAACACUACAUGAGCCUACUUUCCGCCAGGAGGUUGAAGAUGUAUUCAAUGGAUCUAACGAUCCCUGCAAGAAUUUUCAGCUACGAAUGGUGAUUGCCAUUAGUAUGCAAAAGAUGAGUACUGCUUACGCAGGAUUGGCCGACAGUUAUUACUUAGCCGCGCUACCCUUUCUAGAAGCAUCUCUGAGACGAAUGGAUCUGAAAGCUUUGCAAUGUCUUGUUUUGAUAGGCCAGUAUUCUUUAUUAACGCCGACAAGAACCGCUGCGUACUGGGUUGUCGGAAUAGCCGUCAAAUUAUGUCAAGACCUAGGCCUCACUGACGAAACUACAAUUACGAAGUCGACUAGUGGGGAGAUGUUGAAUCCUUUGGAGAUAGACAUGCGAAGGAGGCUCUUUUGGAUUGUCACUUCGAUGGAAUUUGGCCUAUCUCAUAGCCUAGGACGGCCUAGUUGCUAUUCUGUCAGCCACGACCAUAUCAAGGUCAAUUUUUUCGAGCAGAUAGAUGAUAAGUUCAUCACAUCGGACGGAAUCCUUCCAGGAGGAAAACCUAUCUUACCCAAGUGUAUUGCGAUACAUUUCUUUAAGAUGCGGCUGCUACAGUUGGAGAUCAGACGGGUUCUUUAUCUGAAUAAGCGGGAUGCUCCUGUUGACGAUCAAGAUCCAUGGUUCCAGCAAAUGCUCAAUAAACUUGAUUAUUGGGUAGCCUCGUGUCCCAAAAACGACGGUGGGAGCGGCUUGAGUGAAAAGUGGUUCCACGGCAGACGCAAUACGAUGAUUGUCUUCAUGUAUCGGCCCUCUCCUCAGGUACCUGAGCCUUCGGUCAGCGCUGCGCAGAAAUGCUAUGAGGCGUCCGUGUUUAACGUGGCAAUGCAAAGAGAGCAAAUUGCGACUAAAUCAGUCGAUUUGACCUGGAUCUUUACUCAAUCCUUGUUCAUGGCUCUGAAUACUAUCCUUUGGUCUCUAUCAUAUCCAGAAAUUCGAAGGGAGCAUCCCAUCGAUGAAGUCAAACGCCAUCUUGACGUAGCAUUAGACGCUAUCGUCCUUGCUGCAGAGAGGUGGCCGGGUGUUGCAUCAGCCCUACUCCUAUACAAGAGCCUCGUGGCGGCGUGUCUCAAAGCAUACAAUACCGAUGAAUCCUUCGUUGUCCAAUCUCCGUCUAGCCACACAACACCAGCGUCCUCGCAGGAUGUUGCGACGCCGCCAUCUAUCUCCAGCCCUGCAAGCACCACAGCGUCAUUCCAUUCGCAGAAUGUGCGGGGGAUCAACACCUCCAUCCCGGACAGUUUGUCUUCUGGCACAUUGUCAAGAGGCCACUCCGCAGAUCCGGCGUUCCCAUUCCCAACCACGUCGCCUUUAUCGGAACCGCUGAAAGUGGCUUCAUAUCCGCUGUGGGACCAUCAAGUCCAGCCACGGCAGCUUAACUCGAGCGCAACACCGACCCCAUAUACCGCCUCUUCAUUCACCCCACCGACUGUCGCUUGUUCGGAUGGACGGUUCGACCCGGCGACACCUUACAAUCAGUUUCCCUCGAUCGUUCCUGGUUUACAAGGAUGGGAUCCCGAUUUUACGCUUGCCUCCACGACUGCGAGCCACCUUGCGUAUGUGGAGGCGGCCGUUGAUCCCAUGGACUGGAUGGACUCUAUUGGGAAUCAGUAUUCUCAAUAUUUCAAUGGAGCGUACCCUACUCCAUCGUGGCGCGAGAGAACGCUUAGUCAGCAAGAGCAGAUCGAACUGAUGGCGAAGUUGGAAGAAAACAUUCCCGAUGUGUCGGCGCAACUUGUGCGGGAGUCUGCGACAUUUUACCAGUCUUGAUCUUUGGUUUGGGGUGCAUUGUUCACCCUUGCUAUCGCGAGAGUCCUUGUGGUUCUUUCAACGCAGCGAUGUUUGUUUUGAAUACGUGAAUCUAGAUAUACCCAUAGGCGAUUAUUCAAAAAAGGGUUAUGAGAUAUGUGCACUCGGUGUUUGGAGAGGUCUACCGGACUACUUUUUUGGAGUCGCCCUCUCACUUAUCCGUAGAUGAGGCGAAUUAGGUGGGUGGAUCACUGGCACUAGGCAGUGGCUGGGGUUUCUAAGUUUUGUAAGGAAAUCACCCCCAAGAUCUAGGUAGUGUGAUCUCUCC